UUUCACUUGCUUUCUUGCUAACUGCGUUGAAUUUGAAUAACGAAAGCGACUAGAAUGGCAAGAAAAUAUCCGUCAGAACGCCUGGAGGACGUAUUCCAGGAAGAGAUCGUCCAAGCUUUUCCUAAAAUCGUCAACUUCAACAGAUUCGCUCGUUCCAGCGCUGGGCUGUGUUUGGAUAAACACGAAUUUGAUCACAUUGUCGAAGACCAUGGAAAAUCUGUUGAAGAGCAAAAAAUGCAAAUGCUGAUGAAAUGGAAGAAAAAUGCAGGUUCUGCGGCAACUGUUUCAAAGAUUCGAGCUCUUCUUCGUGGAUACCAAGCCGGCGAUUCUAAUGAAGAAGCGACAAAAGUCUUCAACGCAAACGAUGACAAUGUAAUUAUCUUGUCUUUCUUCGAUGAAUUCCGCUUCUACAAACCAGCAACAAAGGAAUGGCGUGAAUGGAAGAACAUAUCCUGGCUCUCCGAUGUCUGGUAUUCUAUUAUUGCAAUGGAUGGUUAUCUCUAUGUACUCGUGGGAAAUUGUGAGGUUCGUCGUACGAAAUACGCUGAUCCUAAACCAAAAUGGGAAAGACUGUCGGAUAUGAAAUGCAAUCACGGACUUUGGCCACCCACAGUUGCAAUAAAUGGGUGCAUCUACGUGUGUGGUGGUCGGGGAUCGAACAGUCGUUCAGUCGAAAGAUACAAUCCAACGAAUAACGAAUGGCAACAGUUGGAAAGCAUGAAAAUAGAAAUAGGUGGACCCACAGUUGUGGCUGCUACAGGACGUUUGUAUUGUUUCGCUAGAUUUGAUGAAACCCAUCAAAAGUCCGAAAGUGGCGAAGUAUUCGAUCCUGAAAGUUCAAAAUGGGAGUUCACUGCACCAAUGCCUAUAGGGAUUGGCUAUGCAAAUGCCGCACAGUCAAACGAUUUCAUAUACAUCGUAGGUGACCGAAUACUUCUUUGCUAUGAUAUAAACAACAAUUCGUGGAAGAAAAUAUCUUUGCAAAAUCAGUUACCGGAUUUUGAUUGGACCUUCAGGCGUAUUGUUGCUCUCAACGACAAAAUAUAUUUUGUUAUAUAUGCGAAAAGUACAUAUUCCUUGUACAAAUUUGAUCCAAAGACAAAUCAGACCGAACACGUUGAAACAGAUAGAAGAUUCUUGUGCGCAUCAAUCACCGUCGGACAUGUGUGACAUCACGUCAGUGAAGAUCCAGAGUU